AUGGAGCUCAUCCGAUCACCAGCUAGUGAAAGGAGCAAAAUUCAGAUACAGCUCAAGAGUCUGUUUUUGACCAUCACUAAUGACAAAGGCCGCUUGAGCAAGGAAGACAUUGAACGCGUGGUUCAAGAAGCAGAGAAGUACAAAGCUGAAGAUGAGCAGCAGCAGGAUAAGGUGUCUUCAAAGAAUUCACUUGAAUCCUAUGCCUUCAAUAUGAAAGCUGCUGUUGAGGAUGAGAAACUUCAAGGCAAGAUUAAUGAUGAAGACAAACAGAAGAUUCUUGACAAGUGUAAUGAAAUUAUCAACUGGCUGGAUAAGAACCAGACUGCAGAGAAGGAAGAAUUUGAACAUCAGCAGAAGGAGAUGGAAAAAGUCUGCAACCCCAUCAUUACCAAGCUGUACCAGAGCGCAGGAGCCAUGUCUGGGGGAAUGCCAGGAGGAAGGCCUGGGGGCUUCCCUGGUGGUGGAGCUCCUCCAUCAGGUGGUGCCUCCUCUGGGCCCACCACUGAAGAGGUUGAUUAAGCCAGCCUAG